AUGACAUCCUUCCUCUGUCGGAUACAAAACUUGCCUUCUGUCAGGUCCACCUACCCUACUUCUUUACUUUUGCUACUUAUCUUCAUCAAAUCAACUUAUUCAUCACCAGUGUUUUUGAAACAAUCAUCACAAUUAAUCGAUUCCAAAGGCAUGAUGUUCCGGGCCGCUGCUUAUACGGACAUUAUCAAUCACAUCCUUAGGAGCAAGAUGGCUAUGAAUGCAUCGGCUUCAGCUUCAGCUGCUGCCGCCGCAGCCGCAGCUACUACCCACCCCGUUUUGCAGGAAAUGUCAUUGCCCGAAAAGAGUGCCAAAAUUGCAACCGUCAUCGGGCUUGUGUUCGCUCUCAUCGCCGUUGUUGUCAUUGCCAGUCUUGUUACAGCUUCUACUCUCAGCGUUUUGGCCUUCAACAAAAUCUACUUGCGUGUUAUUGCCGAUAGUGGUAAUGACAGGGAACAGCAAUACGCUAGGAUGGUUUUGAAUCUUCGACGUCGUCCAUACAAUAUGAUCUGUGCAUUCGUCUUCACGGGAAGUGCCAUGGCCGAAUUGAUCCCCUUGCUUAUUAGUUUGAUAAUGCAGGAAAUCUCGGAGGGAACUGUUUCCGGAAAUCUUAAUGCUCUUAGUAUUGUGAUCGCUGUCGUUCUAAUCAUCAUUUUCGUUGAGCUCUUACCACUCGGGUAUACUGUUCGAAAGGCCUUAUUUGUCAAUGCGUUUCUCAUUCGAUUCGCUCAACUCCUUCUUUGGAUCUGGUACCCAGUCACCUACCCAAUCGAUUGGACUCUAGACAAAAUCUACCAAUUGCGUCUUAGGUCCAAUCAGCGUGUUGACAGGCAGCCGAGAUUUGCGAACACCGAGGAGAGAUUCUUUAGAAAUGAAGAAUUGACCCGCUUCGUUGAACUCCACGCCAGACCAGUUAACCCUCCAACCAUCCAUGAAGGGGGAGAUGUUCACAGGACUGUUCCUGAAAUCUUGAAAGGUGCCUUUAGGGUUCAAAAUCUCAAGGCUAAGGAUAUCAUGCAUGGCUGGAGAGAUUUUCGUAUUGGAACUGAAGUCUUUUACAUGGACUCUAAAGUUAACCGGCAGAUGGCACUUGGGCUUUUUGGGUAUGGCGUUAAUGGCGCUGUUCUCAUGGAAGUCGAAGAUCCUCUUAAUCCAGACUAUGGCAAGGAUAUCGACAUGGUUCCCUUAAAUGGAAAGAAGGUUCGCGGUUUCAUCCACUGGACCAAAUUCGUUUCUGAUAUCGCUGAAGAUGAAACUCGAGCUAAGUUUAUUUCCCGAGAAGUUAUGCCCGUCGUGUAUGAUUGUUUUGGAGACCUUCUGGAACUCUUUUGCCUUCUUCACCACGGAUCUUGCAAAAUGGCCCUCGUUGUCACAACCCCACCAGCUAAAAACGACAAAGGCCGGGCCAACAUCCCGCCAUGCUCUGAUUACGCUGUUUCUAAAACUAGGAUCUUCUGGACCAACCAACCGCAUAUUUCUGCCUACGUCAAGCCCAUCGGUGUCAUCGCUUACCAGUCUCUUCUUAAAGCUAUUCUCAAGUAUCUCAGCCAGAGCACUUACAAAAUACCAGAUCCUAUGGAUAGGUUCAAGCCACACCGCUGGAAUACUCAAGAGAAACUUGCAGAGAUUGAUAAGAUGUAUGAAGAAAUUGCUGCAAGAGAAGAAGCUGAAAGGAAGGCCGCCGCCGAAAAAGAGGCUGCUGAGAGAGAAGCUGCUGAAAGAGAGGCUAACAUCGAAAAAGAGGCCGCUGAGAGGGAGGCCGCCGAGACAGUUUCUCAGGAUCAAGACCAAGGAACCGCUACUGGAAUCUUUGACAGGAUCUUGUCUCUUGGGACUCGCCGACGCAAGGGCGUUGUUGUUGAUGGGAGGAGCCCAGUUGGAAGUUCCCGUGGUAGCAUCUUUGAGGCUAUGGGGACAGAAAGGGUUAAUAAUGGGGAUGAUAGCGAGAACGAAACUUAG